GUCCCCCCGGCCACGCCCAUUUGGUACUUUCAUUCAAGAUGGUGGCUGGUUCCUUGUGACAGGCCCUGCCCCCCCCCGUGGCUUCCCCCAUGCGGCGCUGCUCGGACUCCGCCUGCCCCGUCUCCAAUGGCCUGCACAUGGGGGGCCCGGUGCCCGUGGAGCCGCCCCGGGGCCCGGCGCCGGACGAGAGCCCCGCAGCCGAGCCGGGCCCGGCCGCCGGCACCGGCACCGUCAAGGUCUAUCUGCCCAACCAGCAGCGCACCGUGGUCAACGUGCGGCCGGGAGCCACCGUCUACGACGCCCUGGACAAAGCGCUGAAGGUGCGAGGGCUGAACCAGGACUGCUGCGCCGUGUAUCGGUGCCCAGCCGGGUGAGCGGGGCUGCGGG